AAUGGGUAUGAAACCGGGUCAACCCGGUUAAAACUUGGGACCAAAUUCGGGUUAUUCACCCGUUGGCGAAUAUAACUCCAUUUCCCGGUUCCCGCACUGUGAAGAGAGAGGUGGAUGUUCUUGAAAAUGGUACUGUGUCUACUCUCUACGAGCUUCACCGUUCCUUUACCCGUAAACAAGGGGUUGAAUAAUUUAGAUUAUGCUCUCACUAAAUUUACAAGGAAACCAACAAUUACUACAGCUCAAAAUAUUAUAGGAUCUUGCAUCUCAAAUAGACACAUAUUAUUCUCUGAAGGAAGAGGAAGCUGUCACCAUUGCUUCAUGUCAUUGGCAAGACUUCUACACGACUCAUACUCUUAUAAAGGGAAUGUAAAUUAUUACACUAAAAUAGUUAUAUCUGGUUAUUGGGUGGGCCCUGAUGUUGAUGAUGGCUGGGGAUUUGUGGAAGCUGUUAUUGAUCAAAUAACUUGAUCUUGUUUGUUUUGGACAAGAGUUGAUUUUGCUUAAUUUCUUAUAGAUGUAGGUCGCAGUGUGGCUCUUGGUAAGCUGUCCACUGUUUCUGGUUUUUAAAGGCUCCACAAACUAACUAUUUUUCCCCAGAAAAAUUGAGAUUAUCGUGUAUAAACGGCUACUGAAAAGACAUCUAAUACUGAAACAGUUGUUGAUGAAACAUUUUUUCAACUAUAAGUGAAUUCAGGUCAA